UGCCCGACGGUUGGUUUGCUCAUAUACGCUUCCAGAAAAGUGAAAAGUCUGAAUGAGUGAGCGUUGUCGAUUCCUGAAGAAAAAUAUAUACACCAUUGCUGCUUUUGCUGAAUGAGUAUGAGUUCAGUGGUGGUAAAUGAUGAGAAUCAGGGAGUGUGUUCAGUACGGAAGUCCAUCACAUCCGAAACCACUGGUGACAUAUUUGCUCUCAAUCAGCCCACUGGCAGGCCUUCCAUCCUGCGCCAGUCGCAGGCUGAAAACCUCAAAAACUUUCCCAAAGGAGUAAAGGUUUGUUUCCAAACUCCACUCCGAGAUCCAGUCACUAGGAAGAUUAUGUCCCCCAGCCGUGUUGGGAAAAUGGACUCUAUGGAUGACUGUACUCAGGCACUGGAGUCGCUCUCUCUGAGCGUGCCUACCGAAACAUCUCUGCAAUGUGGUCCUGUGGCUCCAUUUGAUGGCCCGGGUAAGAAUUACACUCCCUACCCUGAUGACGACAUGCCCAUUAAAGGCAAAGGAGGCUACGUCAUUGACUUUGACAACCUGGAGUCCAUGAAUCCCUUUCAAGGGUCCAGUGCGGUGGUUUUGUCUCCACCCAAGCCUUCUGUUAUAUCAAGUACAACUGAGCCAGAACAACAUGUUGUUUUUUCAUCAACAUCUGUGCAUGAGGAGGUGGUGAGAUUUCCAGAAAAACCUGGUCAGACAGACAUGGCUCUGGAUGAGACUCUCCCUUUCACUCCGUCUGUGGAGAAUUCCCUGGCAGAUCUUUCAGUAGACAGAUCGGACACCACAGUGAUCAUUGAACCAAAGAAUUCUGUAACACCAGCCAUGGAUCACAGCAGCACUGAGGCUGAGACUCUGGAAAUUGCCAAGCAAGCUCCCACCUCAGACAGUUGUCUUAUUAAAGAGGACCCUUCAGAGGCUGUAGAUUCACCAUUGCCCCCUAAAGGGUCAUACAAAAUUGACUUGGAUGAUCUUGACUCUUUCAAUCCAUUUCAGACUGGUGGCUCAAAGAUCCAGAACUCUCCUCCUCUUGGCAGGAAAGUACUGGUCAAUAAGUCCCCACCUUACAAAACAGAAGAUGAGGUGUCUGAGCCUAAGAAGGAAGCUGAUGCAUCUGCCCCACAGCUCCUUCAUGCUGUCCCAGAGGAGAAGCCCAACGAUGCUGAGAUGCUCUCAGCUACUUUUCAAGCUAAAGACAGCCACGUGCUACUGGAGUUUAACUCUGAUGGUGCUGAUGUCAAACGCAAGCCGCCCCCCAAAUGUCUCGGUGUGAAGAGACCCCCAGCCUCCAAGCCAGCCACCAAAAAAAACACCUCUGCUCUGGCUGAGAAGAAAACUCUAGAAGUCAAACUCAAACCCGAAACCAGCGAUCCAACGAAUGACCGUGCACCUGUAGACGUCCCUGUUGCAAGAGGUGCUUACAGUUUUGACUUUGAUAAGUUUGAUGACCCCAACUUUAACCCAUUUGGAACGUCUGCAAAGAUGGGGAACUCUCCCCCUCAUGAAGAGCAGAGUGAUAUGAAUCUGGUUGCCCCAUCACAGGCUGAGGCACAGCAGCCUGACACCCCCACGCAGUCCCACCAACUUCCUGAUCAGCAUGUGGAAAACAGCAGACCCAGCUUUCGUCUCUGCGAUGAUGAAAAGACUGCUGAGAAUGAACCAUCUCUGACUAAGCCAGAGGUAGAGGCAAUGCCUUGCACAGCCGCCCAGAGUGACGUACCCCAUAGCCCAACCAGUCAUAAGCCAAUAGCCAGAGUGGUGUCCCCAGAGCUCCGCCCAUGCAGCCAGCGUGCUGAAUUUGACACAGUUGCAGCUGAUGAGGAGUUUGUGCCUGGCUCCAUUUUCAUGCCUACCGACUUUGACGGACAGAUUGAUUAUUUGGAGCAGUUUGGGUGCACCGCAUUUAAGGAGUCUGCUCUGCGUAAACAGUCCCUUUAUUUGAAGUUUGACCCACUGUUGAAGGAAAGCCCUAAGAAAGCUGCAGCUGACAACCACAGCUCUGCAUUCAGCCUCCCACGGCCCUCUCUUGCCAUCCGGAUGAUGGAAGCAGCUAGGUCUGAGGUGAGGCAGAAAUGUCAACAGGAAAGUACAAAGCUACUGGAUGAUUUCCCUCCACCAGCUGACACACCAGUAAUGAAGGAUCCCACUGUGCUGGACCUGCUGGUGCCCACCUUCAAACAGGCGCAGAAGAGUGAGGACUUCAUUGUUGAUGUUCUAAAGUACAGUGAGAAGGACAUGGAUGCUGCCAUGGAGAGGGCCCGUAAACAGGCUGAGGAGAAGGAGGAAGGGCUCAAAAUGCAGAUAGAGAAGUUGCAUCUGGAUAACCAGCACAUGAUGUUCAAGGUGUCGGAGUGUGAGGCCUUCAUUUCUCAAAGCACAGCUGCACACAAACAGAAGGAAGAGCUGGCCAAGGUUGAGCUGAGUAAGCUCUUUCAGGAGAAGCAGCAGCUGGCCAAAGACCUCAACGACAUGGAACGCUCCUUCUCUAAUGUUCUCAGACGCCUAGACAAAUGCAAGGAGGUCUUCGAGGGCUUCAAGAAGAAUGAGGAGACUCUGAAGCAGUGUGCCCAAAACUACCUUGCUAGGCUGCAGAAGGAGGAGCAGCGCUACCAGAUGUUAAAAUCUCAUGCAGAGGAGAAAAUCGACCAGGCGAAUAAGGAGAUUGCUGAGGUCCGCUCCAAGCUGUCAGCUGAAGUGUCUACCCUUCAGGUCCAGCUCAGGAGGGAGCAGCUCAAAGUACAGUCGUUGGAGAAGAACCUGGAGCAAAAGGCAAAGGAGGUGGAAGAUGUGACCAAGCUGUGUGAUGAACUGAUUAUGAAAGUGCAAAAGCAAUGAAUUUAAUCUGAUCUACAUGUGUUUGUCCUUUUUUUUUUUUGUUGUUGACUAAAUAAAGUACUGUUUUUUUGUUUGUUUUUUUUAUGGUGCUCAUAGUGGAUUUGUCUUGUCUUGAAGUUUCAUUCUUACAAUACUCAGACAACAUAGUUGCUCAUAGGUGUUUGUUUGUUUUGUUUUUUUUCCCCCUGGGUUGAGGGAAAGUGGGGAAACCUUGUAACAUAUAAGAUGAGAUUGGGUAGUAGACAAUUGACUAUAUACAACUCAAACUGGGGGGGGGGGAGAGGAGAGUACUGGUCAAUGAAAGGGGUGUUCCAAUACUAAUUAUGCUAUGAGGACAUUAUUCACCCUAGUGGUGCGUGUGUUUGUUUUUUGUUUUGUUUUUUUUGUUUGUUUUUUUCCCCCCCUCCUCACCCUUCUGUAUCAUGGAAAUGGAGUAGUUCCAGUGAUGGAUACAUGUAGACUUUUACCAUGACUAAAGAAAUACACAAUGUAAACUCAAAUAUGGGUAGAAUGAGUUUCUGAAGUGGAUUUUUGUACCUACAGUGAGUAAAUUGAGUAUAACGUAAUAAAUUGCUUUCUUUGGUUGUA